AUGGCGACGUCAGUAGCAGCGGGAGUUCAUGGAAAUGCCACAAUAGUCUCAUCACAAUCUGUAAAUACAUCAAGAAAGCUUUCUCACUUGUCAUCUCUUCAAUUUCCUACUCAACUUCGGAGUUUUACGUUUCGAAACCAAACCUUCAAAUCCAAGCCAACGCUUCAUCUGGUUGAAGCGAAACAACAAACUUUAACUUCUUUUGUUGAUGUGUUAGAGAAUUCAGAUAAACCAGUAUUGGUUGACUUCUUUGCUACUUGGUGUGGUCCUUGCCAAUACAUGGUUCCUAUUCUGGAACAAGUCAGUGCUUUGAUGAAGGACAAGAUCCAAAUAUUGAAAAUUGAUACAGAGGAGAAUCACAGCAUUGCACAAGAGUAUGGGAUAGAGGCUUUGCCAACUUUCAUUUUGUUCAAGGACGGGAAACCAUUCGACCGCUUUGAAGGUGCACUGGCUGCCGAGAAGCUCAUCCAACGUAUUGAGACCUCACUAAAAGUCGAGCAUUAG